AUGGUGUUCACCUGGGAGCCACAAGUCAUCUUGGUUAUCCUGCUGGUCCUCACACUGAAGGUUGUCCUCCUCUUAGCUGCUGUGUGGGGUGUGCGUACAGCAGAGUUGAUCACAGUGGAAGGAUAUAAGGGGGGCAAGGCAGAGAUCAGAUGCCCCUAUAGAGAGGAGUGGAGGAGCCACCAGAAGUUCCUCUGUAAAGGAAGCAAAAUGGAGUGUAUAACAUUUUUGGUAGACAAUGAUAUUGAGACUGAGGAUAAAGAAUGGACCUCUAAAUGGAGAUACUCCCUACAUGAUGACAAAGGGGUCAGGGUCUUCAUUGUGACCAUCACCAACAUGAUGUCAGAUGAUGCUGGAACAUACUGGUGUGGAGUGGAACGAUUUGGACUGGACCCUGAAGUGUAUGGAGAUUGGUGUUGUGAAAACCCCACUGAAGGGACAGGCUCUGAAGAAGUGACAGGCUAUGAAGAACGGUCAGUCUCCAUCCAUUGUAUGUAUAAUGAAAAAAAUGAAGACAAUGAGAAAUACUUCUGCAAAGCGAAUACACAAUCUAAGUGUCUAGUUGAUGUAAAAGUGACAACAACCAAAAGCCAGAAUGGGAGGUUCUCACUGUUCGACAACAGGACAGCCGGAGCCUUCACCGUGACCAUCACCAGACUAACCCAAGAGGAUGCUGGGAGAUAUCUCUGUGGCAUACAGAACAACCACACAAUCGAUACCCUGUCAGCAGUCCAGCUUGAUAUCAAGAGUAAGACUGUUCUGUAAUUUGCCUGUUUUUCAUUGUGAUACAGAUUGAUCAGGACACAGUUGUAUGUCAGUGAAGUGAGAAGCUUCAGUGGAUACAAUGAUGGAGAGGGCUGGGUGUGCCUGUGUGAGUAGAGGCGUGAAAAACAACUUCCUAUGUGAUUAAAUGUACAAACUUAAUGGACAUAUGUAUUUAAGGCAUUUGCACCCGUGUAUGAGAAAGAGAAAGAUAUAGAGAGAGAUGUAGUUCGCUAAAUGACAACCAAAAUAUCUGAACAGGAAGAGCAGAAACCAUACUUCCUUCUUUACGCCUGUCAGUGAGUAUCAAAUCUAAUCAAAUUGUAUUAGUCACAUGCGCCUUAUACAACGAGUGUAGACCUUGCAGUGAAAUGCUUACUUACGAGAUCCUAACCAACAAUGCAUUUAAAAAAAAUUAAGUAUAAGAAAAUAAGAAUAAGAAAUAAAAGUCGCAAGUAAUUAAAGAGCAGCGCUAAA